UGCCAUCUAGUGUUUUUAUAGUGAACUACUAAUACGUAGACUAGAAAACGGUUGCUCAGUGCUUCGUGUAGGAACUGCAGUGUGGCGUUUAAUAAAUAAUUUUCUUAUUUUUUUAACAAUAGUAUAAAAACUGCUGCGUGUUCCCACCAUUUUUCACUCGUGAGGUUGCCAAGGAGUGUGGAGGCACCAUGGAGGUACUCUUCGUAGAUCAAAAGAACAACGUAACUGGCUACCGGAGGCGAGCCUUCGAUUGCGACUACUGGAAAUGUGUGCUCGACAAGUAUGGUCUACUAGCUCAAUAUGGGGACUUGGAUGAACAAAAAUUCUAUGCUCAUCUGGAUCUCUGGGUAUCAUUAAAUCCUAUGUUCACUGAUGCUAUGACUGAAGCCAAAUCAUAUUGUAAGGAGAUCAUAAGACUUUAUCUACCUCUAGACGCCUGCGAGUUCUUCCACCUCCAAUCAUGCUUCAGAAAUUAUUUGAACGUGGACUGUCCGGUCGUCAUACCUACGAAAGAAUGUAUUGAAAAGAAGGAAUUCUACAGGGAAUGCAGAGAAUACUAUCAUAAGAGGAAAUAAUUGUAAUCAAAUGAAUUUGUAAUAAUAAUUAAUUGUUCUAGUUCCACAGUUU